AUGGCAGCUCUAGGAUCCCGUCAUCCAGCAGCAGAAGAGCCCCCCACCUUCCGCAUGGUCCAGAUCUCUUCCUUUGCCAACCACAGCUGGGCGCGCACCUUGGGCUCAGCCUGGCUGGGGGACCUGGAGACUCAUUCCUGGGACUGGCUUGUGGGCACCAUCCGCUUCCUGCGGCCCUGGUCCCGGGGAACCUUCAGCAAGGAGGAGAUGAAGCACAUACAGGCGCUGUUCCAGUUUUACCUGCAUGCCUUUACCAGGGAAAUACCAGCCUAUGUCAGUCAAUUUCAGUUAGAAUAUCCCUUUGAGGUCCAGAUAUCAGCCGGCUGUAAAAUUAAUGCUGGGAAGACCUCUGAAUUAUUCUUAAAUGGGGCGUAUCAAGGAUCAGAUUUCCUGAGUUUUCAAGGAACUUCAUGGGUGCCAUCUCCAGGAGCAGGGAGUCGGGCUCAGAACGUCUGCAAAUUGCUCAAUCGAUACAGAGAUAUUAAAGAAAUAGUGCAGACCCUUCUUGGUUAUACCUGUCCUCGAUUUCUGACAGGCCUCCUUACAGCAGGAAGGUCAGAACUGGAACGACAAGUGAAGCCUGAGGUCUGGCUGUCCAGUGGCCCCAGCCCUGGGCCUGGCCGUCUGCUGCUGGUCUGCCAUGUCUCAGGAUUCUACCCAAAGCCCGUGUGGGUGAUGUGGAUGCGGGGUGAGCAGAAGCAGCCGGGCACUCGGCAAGGUGACCUCCUGCCCAAUGCUGAUGGGACGUGGUAUCUUCGAGUGACCCUGGAUGUGGCGGCUGGGGAGGUGGCUGGCCUGUAUUGUCUGGUGAAGCACAGCAGUCUUGGAGGCCAUGAUAUAAUCAUCCACUGGGGCAGAUACUCCAUCCUUCUGAUACUGAUCUGUUUGACCGUAGUAGUUACUCUGGUCAUGUUGGUUGUAGUUAACUCAUGGUUUGAAAAACAAUGUUCAAUUUGGAACCAUGUCUCUCCCUAUGUUCCCAGCACUGUCUUUCCCGUGGGAGCCAAUACCCAGGACAUCAGGAGUUCAGGGCAUCAGCUCUGCUUGGCAAAAGAAUCAUGGAUUAAAAAAAAAUUCAUGGAGAAGUGGAAAACAAACCUAAAGCAAUUCUGGUGA